AUGUUAUAUGAACAGUCAAUUGUAGACUUGAAGAAACUGCAGAAACUGGAUCAGUUUUUGACCUUCUUGGAACAUCGGUUCCUUACAUUGGAGGCUACCGGUAGUGAUAAGAUAAAUCACACCAAAAAGGCACAUGCGCUCAGAUUGCAUAACAACUUCAACUCUCGAUUGGAGGCUAUUGUAUUGCCUCACAUUGUUGCAGAUCAGCCAGGACAGUCAAUUGAUAUUAAUCGUUGGAAACUUCCAAAACAUAUUGAAUUGGCUGAUCCCAAUUUUGAUAAAACAGGAAGGAUUGAUCUACUCUUGGGAGCAGAACACUAUUACGAUAUAAUGCAGGACAAGCAUUUAUCGUUGGCUCUAACCGAGGAAGAUAAGGUAGACGAACAAAUCACGAAAUUUUGGGAACUGGAUUCAUUCUCAACUGAUGCGCCAUGCCUAUCUCCACUGGAGAAACAAUGUGAAAGACACUUUCUCCAGCACAUUCAGACUGCAAUUGAUAAGAAAUCAAUUGUUAGGCUCCCAUUCAUGGAUAAUGCUUCAGCCCUGGGGGAGAGUCGUGAUCUUGCAACACGACGAUUCCUUUCCUUGGAAAAACGGCUAUUGCGAGAUCCACAAACUAAGGCAAGUUAUGUGGAGUUUAUGAAAGAAUACGAAGCUCUUGGGCAUAUGAAGGAGAUGCACACAAGUGAAAUUAAAAAAGCACGGUACUUCAUACCACAUCACUGUGUGCUCAAACCUGAAAGUACAACAACCAAAUUAAGAGUGGUUUUCGAUGCAUCUGCAGUUACGUCAUCAGGAAAAUCGCUCAACGACUUACUGCACAAAGGUCCUACGGUGCAAAACUCUAUAUUUUCAAUUUUGCUGCGAUUUAGGACUUACAAAUAUGUUUUCACGGCGGACAUAGAGAAAAUGUACCGUCAAAUCUGGAUAAAUCCCGAAGACCAAUAUUUCCAAACAAUUGUUUGGCGCAAUAAUCCAUCUGAGGAUUUGCGAUACUACAGAUUAAAAACGGUUACCUAUGGAACAAAAGCUGCACCGUAUUUAGCCACAAAAUGCUUGCAGCACAUAGCACAAAAAGGCAGAAAGGAAUACCCUAAUGGUGCUGCCGCAUUGGAAAACGACUUCUAUGUAGACGAUUGCUUAACCGGAGCCGAAACUAUACCAGAAGCUCUACAGAGGCAACAACAGCUUAACAAACUUCUGCAAAAUUCUGGAUUCAAGUUAAGAAAAUGGUGUACCAACAAUUUCCAAGUUCUACAAGGAGUUCCGAGGGAAGACAUCACUUCAAAUGUACAACUGGAGGAGACUUCAUAUGAGGACUACACGAUUAAGACCCUCGGAAUCACCUGGACACCAACGACAGAUCACCUUUGUGGGAAAACGGAGAUAGCAACAAAGGCCAACAUAUCAAGACGAGAUGUUGUGUCUGAAAUCUUUAGGAUAUUUGAUCCUCUUGGUUUAUUUUCCCCAGUUGUAAUGAAAGCAAAAAUUUUCAUGCAACACCUCACAAAGGAGGGUUAUGAAUAUAAAGACGAUCUGCCGGCUCAUCUUCAGGAGGAAUGGAAACGCUACAGGGAGGAGCUAAAGGUUCUGAACACCAUAAAGGUACCACGUCACGUCUACUUAGGAAAAACACCUGUGACGGCAGAAAUCCACACAUUUGUUGAUGCCUCGGAGAAGGCAUAUGGAGCUGCUGUAUACAUCCGAGCAACAUAUAAGGACAAGCGAAGAACGAUCCAGUUAUUGUGUGCAAAAUCUCACUUAGCACCAAUAAAUACAAUAACGUUACCACGUCUGGAACUUAAGGCUGCUGUAUUAGGAGCACAGUUGACUUCUAAAGUAAAGAAAGACUUGGCCAUGAAAAAUGCAUCCACAUUUUAUUGGUCUGAUUCACGGAUUGUACUGUCAUGGAUUAAUUGCUCAACAUCCAUUCGAGACAAAUUCGUUGCCACCAGAGUUGCAACAAUACAUGAGCUAUCCUUACCCAAACAGUGGAGACAUGUUGCAUCAGAACACAAUGCCGCAGAUGUCCUCUCCAGAGGAAUGACAGCUUCAAAAUUCGCGGAACAUGCCAUGUGGUUCUACGGCCCUAUGUUCCUACAUGGUUCAUCAUCCACAUGGCCCGCUCCGUUUAUUGCUACCAACGAGGAACUAAUAAUUAUGAAUCCGCCAAAGGUUAGUCAAUCAUCCGUGAUGACUAUCAUAAAAGAGGAGGACAUAAUAUACACAAUACAACAUAAUAAUUCAUUUAACAAGCUACUCAGAAUAAUAGCUUACAUAAUGCGCUUUCGACAUGACAUCAAACAUCUCAAGCGGCAAAGGGAGACACUAAAAGGCAGUUCAAUCAACUCACUAUCACCAUUCUUAGAUCAGAAUGGAAUUUUGCGUGUAGGAGGUCGACUGGAGGCGGCAAAUAUAUCAUUCGACUCCAAACAUCCGAUACUUUUGCCAUACAACGACUCUGUUGGGAAGAUGAUUCUUGUGCAAAUACACAAGGACAACAUGCAUUGCGGACCUCAAGCUUUAUUGACUGCAUCAAGGCAGCAAUUCUGGAUCCUUAAAGGAAAAACGAUGGCUAGGAGCACUGUAAGAGCCUGUGUCAAGUGCACUAAAGCUAAACCAAAAUUAAUGGAGCAGAUCAUGGGAAAUCUGCCACCACUGAGGGUAACGCAAGCUCGACCAUUUUUCAACUCUGGCGUCGAUUAUUGUGGACCAUUUAAAAUUCACUACAAAGUGAGAGGAAAGAAGCCUAGCACAGCUUACAUUGCUAUAUUCUGCUGUUUUACGACUAAAGCUGUACAUCUGGAGCUGGUUAGCGAUCUCACAACAGAGGCAUUCUUGGCAGCACUUCGUCGUUUCAUUGCUCGGCGAGGGAAAUGCCAAACUCUUCACUGCGACAAUGCAACAAAUUUUGUGGGAGCCAAAAACAAGUUGCAAGAGCUACAGGAGGCUAUAUUCUCCGAUAAUGCGAAAACACAAAUUCUCCAGGAGUGUAACAACAAGGGAGUUCAGUUUAAAUUCAUCCCACCUCGUGCACCACACUUCGGAGGAUUAUGGGAAGCUGCAGUAAAGUCGGCAAAACAUUUAUUACUAAAAAAUGUGACGACAGCCGAUCUUACUUAUGAAGAACUUGAAACAGUUAUAGUCGAAAUAGAGGCCAUAUUGAACUCUCGACCAUUAACACCACUGUCCGAUGACCCAAAUGACGUCACAGCAUUAACGCCUGGACACUUCCUAAUUGGAGAGCCGCUAACUGCACAAGCUGAUUGUGAACCAUCGCAGCAACCAAAAACGAUUAUCUACAACAGUUGCAGCAACGUCAAAAAUGGAGAAGAUCCUCAACAAACAUAA